UUAGAAUACUUAGUAAACUGAAAUAGCAAGUUUAGGUAGUUUUGUUAGAAGCCUAAAUUUUGUUAGUUAGCAAUUAGUAAUUUAUUUAGUUAGCUAGUUUAGGAUUUUAUUUAGUUAGAAGCCAAAAUAUCGAACCUAAUUUAGCAGAAUUCACAUUGGUUUCUCUGUUUCCUAAUUUAUCGUAGUUUAACUAUUUAAUCUAAUUUAGGUAAUGUAGUUAUUAAUUGUUUUAAUUUCUUUACUAAAUUGAGAUAUAUAAGUCUAUUAGUUGUAUAUUAGCAAAUAUAUCUAUAUAUUAGCAAUCCCAAAUCCAAGUACAUGAAGAAUAAUAUACCCUAGUUAGUUAGUAAAUUUAGUUAUAUAGUAGUACUCGUGUUAGUUAGUUACAUACAUUGUUAGGUGUUUUAUAUGUAUUAGUUAUAUGCCUAGUAACAUGGUUAUUUUGUAUAUCAAUUAGAUAGACAAUUUAGUAACUCUAUAUCAUGGAGGAAGUGUGGAGAAAGAUCAGUUUGGCAAUGUUGAUUUUGUUGGAAUGCAAACGGUCCCUUUGAUGUUUGAUGAGCGGCCCUUGUUUUCUGAAUUGAUGGGUAGUGCUCGUGAUGAGCUUAAAUGUAAUUCGAAUGAAGAAGAAAUCUUAGUUGAGGGGGUCAUUCACCAUGGCGGGUCAGGGACAAUUUUUAGGCGGUUGGUCCCAAUUGUAUCCGAGGUUCAAUGGGACAAAUAUGUCAAAACUGUCAUGAAGAGUGAGUUUAAAUGUUUGGAUUUGGUUGUGCGCAACUUGUCCAAGGAGCCAGGCCCUCUAGUGGAUUCUCCUCUUAAUUGGCAACCACCCAUUGGCCCUCUAGUGGACAAUCCGGCACCCUCAGCUUCUCUGAUACCCAUUCAGAACGUGGGUGUGGAAGAUGUGGUUGUCGUUCCUGAUGCUCAAUCCGGUCCCAAUGAGGUUGGCUGCGUACAUACCCCUAUGACCCAGACAAUUCCAUGUAAGUGGCGUAGUUGCAUUAUUCAUUUUGUUAGCAUUCCUUCGUUCGAUUUAGUUGUCUCAAUUGUAUGCAUAUUUGUGGUUUUGUUGUAGGUGACAAUCCAAGUAAUGAUUGUUGUCAUCCUGUGCCUCCAACAUUUAAUGUUGACGCAGCUUUUAUAGCAUCUAAUAGUUUGGAUGUUAAUAUUGAGGAUGAUGAGGAGCCCUAUGGCACAGCUAGAGCUGUUGAUUCCGAUGAUGACCGGCCAGUUGCACCUUUAAGUGAACAAGAAAUGGAGCUUAUCAGACGUUUUUGUCCUGAUCGUGAUCCACUAGUUCACGAGUUUAGUGACCUCAGUCAUUCUCAAAAUGCUUAUGCAGAGGGAAGAGAUGAUGAGCUGCUGGAGGCUCCUGAGCCUGGUGAGAGUGUGCAAAUUCAGAAGGGCAUGAUCUUUAAUGAUUUGCCCAGCUUAAGAAGGUGGUUGCAACAAUAUUCUGUAAUACGUAAAAGACCCUUCAAGGUGAUGCACUCCCAUGUUGAGCGCCGCUACACGGUUGUGUGUGAGAUGUCAGAUUGCAACUGGAGGGUCUGUGCUCGUAAACAGAAGGCCACCGGGAAGUUUAAGAUCACAAAAAUUGUAGGUCCACACACUUGUGCCCAGACUGACCUUCAACAGAAGCAUCGACAGUUGACCUCUACACUUAUUGCUAGUACGUUAUGCACAACUUUAAAGGGUCAGCCCAACUUGAAGGUCAGAACAAUUAUGGACAUGGCUCAGAAGAUAUUUAAAUAUGACAUAAAGUAUGGCAAAGCAUGGAGGGCAAAGCAAAGGGCCUGGAAGAUGAUAUAUGGGGACUGGGAGGAGGGGUACGAGCAGCUGCCAGCAAUGUUCAAUGCAAUGAAAGCAGCUAAUCCAGGCAUGCAUUACGAGUACAUUCCGAAGCCUAAUGAAUGGAGGAAUGGGAGGCAGAUAUUCUUUCGUGCAUUCUGGUGUUUUCCACAGUGUGUCCAGGCCUUUAGGCACUGCCGUCCAGUGUUAUCAAUUGAUGGUACUUUUCUGCUUGGCAAGUACAUGGGCACUCUUUUGGUAGCCAUUUCCUGUGACGCUGACAACGCAUUGGUUCCUUUGGCUUUUGCUUUGGUGGAGAGAGAGAACAAAGACAGCUGGGGUUGGUUUAUGCGCCUUGUUCGGAUACAUGUCAUUGGCCCACAUAGGGAGGUUGGUGUCAUAUCUGAUAGGCACCAGGGCAUACUCAGUGCCGUACAGGAGCAGAUUCCUGGUUAUGCACCUUUGCACCAUCGUUGGUGUACUAGACACCUUGCAGAGAAUUUACUUCGGAAAGAUGGUACGAAGGACAACUUUCCUCUAUUCGAGGAGGUUGCUCGAAUGCUUGAGGUGCCGUUUUUUGAGGAGAAGUUGGAGCAGUUAAAAACCGCAACAAAUGCAGAAGGUAGGCAGUGGCUGCUAGGUUUGAUGAGGGAACCUGAGAAAUGGACAAGAGCCCAUGAUAAUGGUGGAUGGAGGUACGAGUUUCAGACUAGCAACAUGGCAGAGUCAUUUAAUAGUGUGCUCAAGGGUAUACGUGCCAUGCCAGUCAAUGCCAUUGUAUCUUUUACCUUUUAUAGACUAGUGGCCUGGUUCAACGAUAGACAUGCUCAAGCAUUGCAAUUACAGAGUAAUAAUAUGAAAUGGGCACCUAGAGCUAAGAAGCACCUUGACAAGGCAAAGGAAAGGGCUAGAACACAUGACAUAGAGUGUUUUGACCAUGCCACUGGCAAGUACCAGGUCACUGAAAGGGGUGGUACAACGUCAGAUGGUGAGAUCCGACCAUCAAGGAGUUAUAUUGUUGUCCUGACUGAUUUUUCAUGUGGAUGUGGGAGACCAAGACAGUACCACUCUCCUUGUUCUCACUAUAUUGCAGCAGCUAGGCAUCGCAACUUUGACUACGAGACCAAGAUACCAUGGGAGUUGAGUGUUGAUAGCCUUGUGCUAACUUGGUCGCCCCGUUUUGAGCCUUUCCUAGAUGAGGGGCAGUGGCCAGAAUACAUUGGCCCAAGGUACAUUGCAGAUCCAGGUGCUCGCUGGAACAAACGUGGAACUAGAAAGCGUACGAGGCAUAAGAUGGUCAUGGACCAGAUUUCAGGUAGAACGAGGCGAGGGAGAGCAACCCCGUUUGUUACUGACCCCGAGCAAAAUCAAUGUGGCAAAUGUGGUAGACUUGGACACAACUCGCGUACUUGCCAUUGGCCGCUAAGUCAGGAUGGAGCAGUUCCACCUCCUGGAUCCAUACUACGAGGUGAAGCACCGAGGACGACUCACUGCCGAGGGGGCGGAACUACCCCCGCUUCGACCUCGAACGCAUGACAAGUUCGAGGAGAUGCGGUAUGACGACAGGUACACACCUCUGCUGCAGAGGGCUGGCCUGGAUGUGAUAUCGUAUCAGGUUCGUCGUGGGUUGCCUCCAAUUAACCCCGCGGCGAUCACAGCUUUGGUUGACAGGUGGAGGCCAGAAACUCAUAGUUUCCACCUACCUUGUGGAGAGAUGACUGUUACACUCCAGGACACUCAGAAGAUCCUGGGUUUGAGUGUUAGAGGUCGUCCAGUUAUCGGACACUGCAGGCCCGAUGGUUGGAGGGCCAGAGUUGAGGCCUUCCUUGGAAGACCACUUCCUCCGGAGGCACCGACGCUGCGCACCACUGGGGUACCAAUUGCUUGGCUUAGGCAGAGCUUUGGUAAUUGUCCGGCACAUGCGGACCAGGAGACAGUUGCCUACUACUGUAGAGCUUGGAUCUUGCACCUAUUUGGGUGUGUUCUUUUCCCUGACGCGACAGGCGACACUGCAUCGUGGAUGUACCUCCCGUGCCUCACUGACUGGGACACCACAGGUACUUACAGCUGGGCUUCGGGAGUGCUGGCUUACCUAUACCGUAGCCUUUGUGAGGCGUGUCGUCGGACCGCAAGUAGUUCUUCCGUUGGUGGUUGUGUUUACCUACUGCAGCUUUGUAUGUGGGCUCGUCUUCCAGUUGGACGGCCCAUAGUUGACGCUCCUCGGGAAUGGUUUGCAGUGGGCAACCCUCGUCACCGUCCGACGUUUGCCCAUCUUUGGGACCAGGCGAAAGUCGCCUUCAGCAGGACUUCACGUGCGUACGUACAGUAUGCCAAUGAGCUCGACACGCUUAGGCCCUCCAUGGUUAAUUGGGAGCCGUACACGGCGAAUGAUGCGCUGCAUCUUGGAGUAAGCAGCAUGUGUAGCGAGGAUGAAGACUUGUACUUGAUGAUCUGCCCUCUGAUUUGCUUCUAUGCUGUUGAGUGGCACCUUCCAAAUCGAGUAGCCCGCCAAUUUGGCUUGUGCCAGCAAUGACCUGUCCCUCCAUUUGAUACUUCCGUGGAGCUGCACAAGAUUGAUCGUCAGAAGCAAAAGAAGACAGUUGAGUUUGAAACGUUGCAUCUUCAGUACAUAGAGGUGUGGGACCAGUUUCAUGACAACCUCUACGAAAAUGAGCAACCACAUACCAACUACAAUUUUCGUGCAUACCUUACUUGGUACCUAGGUGUUACACGAACAAGGUUGAAAAUUCAGUGGACCCAAGCAGAUUAUGCGUACCUUGAAUCAUCUGAGGAUGAGGACACUUCCUAUGACCUAGCAGCACGACAAGGGACACUUAUCGAGGCAGCACCUGUCUUGGACCGAGUGGGCAACGCAAUAAAGCAAUCUGUACUUGACAUCGAACGGUUUCCAAGAACAGGUGUGGACGAGCACACACUAAACAACUUUCUUGGAAGACUAGCACGUAGGCUUAGGCGUGCUGCAGCUCGGUGCGGUUGCGGUACUAGUGCUGCGAUGAAUGUGCAUGUGCCACAGGAACGACAAUGCAACACACCUGUUGUGCAUGGUACAUCUUCUUUGGGAGGAUCUGGAGGACAGAGCUCGUCUCGGCCAACUAUGGAUACUUUUCAAAGCGAUGAUGAUGAGGACGAAGAGGGGGUGGCCGAGGAGCGUGACUAUGACGAGCUUGGGUUAUCUCAGCUUCCUGAUGCUCCUUCUACUCAGCCUACGCAGGUUGCAAGAAGGCGACGUCGUUCGCCUUGUAGGUACACUCCAGGCACCGAUGCUCUUGGCCACAAGGGUAAGGGUAAGACUAGGAGGCAGUGAGGAUGACUUCUGUGCUAACACCAUGGUAGCAGCUUAGAAUUGAUGGCAUAACUUCUGUUAUUUUGCAUGUAUCGACACUGUGAACUUUGUGGACUAUUUGUACUAUAUGGGACUGUAUGGUCUCUGUGGACUAUCUGAACUAUCAUUCCUGAUGGCGUAUGUGCUUGUGUUGUGAUAUUUGGAUGAAUCAAUGUUUGUAUUGUACUGUGAUGUCUAUUUAUAACUGUGGAUGUACCAAAAAUAGGGGAAACUCUU